AUGGAGAGCGCACAAUUCUCCAACUUCGCUCGCCAAGUGGUGGUGGGGCGAUGGUUCUCUCUCUUUGCCUCCUUCCUUGUAAUGACAAGCGCCGGUGCAUUUUACCUUUAUGCUUACUUUCCCGAACACAUUAAAGAAACGCUCCAAUGUGACCAAACAACGCUCAACAAGAUUAGCUUCUACAGAGACAUUGGAUCAAACACCGACAUUGUCUCUGCCCUCCUGGUUUACAUUGCGCCCUCUUGGAUCCUUCUCCUCAUCUCCUCCGCCCUCAACUUCAUCGGCUACUUCAAGAUAUGGCAAGCCGUGGUCGGACAAAUUGUGCACCCAACUGUUGAGUACUUCGGUGUUUACAUUGCAAUCGCCGGAAACUCUCAGAUUUUAGCCAAUACAGUGGUGCUAGUCAUAUGCGUGAGGAACUUCCCUGAAAGAAGAGGGGUGAUAUUGGGGCUUUUGAAGGGCUUCUUAGGCCUAGGAGCGGCUGUACUGACACAAGUAUACCUCGCCAUUUAUGGCCAUGAUACCAAGUCUCUGAUUCUGUUCAUUGCCUGGUGCCCAUCCUUGAUUACUCUGUUUUUUGCCUUCUCAAUCAGGGAAGUCAAAAUUGUGAAACACCCACAUGAGUUCAGAGUUUUCAUUCAGAUUCUAUGCAUCACCCUCGUUUUAGCUUUGUUUCUCACAGUGUUGACCAUCGCUGAGCAAAUGGUUCAAUUCGAUCAAUUAGCCUACACUUUUGUGGUGGUUGCAAUCAUUGGUUUGCUUGUUCUUCCAUUGUUCAUAGCCAUUAGAGAAGAAAUGGUUCAGCUGAAUCUUAACAACAUGACCAAAUUUGAAAAAUCCCAAUCAAAACCUCAAAGACCCAUCCAUGCAAUUUCGCAUAACCAAAAUCAUGGAAACUCGCAUUAUUCAAACAUUUUCAACAAACCCGAAAGAGGAGAUGAUUACACAAUUCUUCAAGGAUUUUUCAGCAUUGACAUGCUCCUCAUAUGCCUGACAAUAUCAAUUGGGUUCGGCUCAAGCCUUACAGCCAUGGACAACCUCGGCCAAAUCGGAGAAUCCCAAGGAUACUCCACUCAAUCCGUCAAUGCAAUGGUCUCCAUCAUCAGCAUUUUUAACUUCGUUGGAAGAAUCUUUUCUGGGUUUGUUUCAGAAAUCCUGCUCGAGAAAUACAAAUUUCCCCGCCCGUUGAUGCUGACUCUAACCCUUUUGGUGUCGUGCAUUGGUUUCUUGUUGGUGGCCUUCCCCUUUCAUAAUUCGCUCUACAUUGCAUCAAUCCUAAUUGGGUUUUCUUUUGGGUCUCAAGUUCUAUUGGACAUCACCAUGAUUUCAGAGAUUUUUGGUCUUGAACAUUACGCCGUGUUUUAUAAUAUUGCGCAACUCUCUUGCCCAAUUGGGACUUAUGUUCUGAAGGUGUUAGUGGCUGGAAAGCUGUACGACGAGGAAAUGAAGACAUGGGGUGAUUCAACAGAGUAUAUAUGCCAUGGGGAACAAUGUUACAGAAGUUCUUUCACGUUUUUGACUGGGAUAUCGCUGUUGGGAGCUGCAAUAUCGUUGAUUUUGGUGAAGAGAACGAGGGAGUUUUAUAGAGAGGAUAUAUACAAGAAGUUUAGGGAAGAUAUGGAUUCUUUGAAGGAGGAAGUGGAACUUUACCCUCAUGAUGUGCGGCAGCCUGAAGUUGAAAGCAUACAUGUUCACCAAGAAGGUACCAUUAUCAAGAAGUGA